AUGACCGAAGAGUAUAAACCGCCCGCGCUGCCUUCCCCCUUCACCAACACGACACCAGCCCCCACGCUGCUUGUCCAAGGCGCCGAAGCUCACCUCUACAAGACCGUCUCUUUGGACCCCUCCAUUCCCGCCGCCCUCAAAGUGCGCCCGUCCAAGCCCUACCGCCACCCCAUUCUUGAUCGUCGCUUGACGCGUCAGCGCAUCAUCCAGGAGGCGCGAUGUCUGGUGAAAUUGGUCCGUGACGGGGUGAGUGUGCCUGCGGUGCUGGCGAUGGAUUGGGAGGGGCAGGGCGGCGAGGAGAGCGCAUGGGGCGGCGCCUGGUUGAUGAUGGAGUGGAUUGAAGGGCCGGUCGUGCGAGUCGUCUUGGAGCAAUGGGAAACUUGGAUGAAGAAGAAUGCAAGCUCGCUGGAGGCGGAUCAGCUGCAGAAGGAAGAGGAUCGGGUGCGGGGGUUGAUGAGACGCAUUGGACGGACGCUUGGUGGGCUACACAAAGCUGGGGUGGUGCAUGGCGAUCUGACGACGAGUAAUCUGAUGUUGCGGGCGCCGGCGCAGGAUACGAGUGACGGUGCAUCGGCCGUUUCGAUGGAAGGUGAGGUGGUGUUGAUCGACUUUGGCCUUGCAGCACAGAGCACGCAAGAUGAAGAUCGCGCGGUGGAUCUGUACGUGCUGGAGCGGGCCAUUGGCAGCACGCAUCCUCGUUCGGAGCAAUUCUUCGAAGAAGUGCUUGUCGGAUAUCGAGAAAGUCACAAGGGAGCUGGUUCUACCUUGAAGAGAUUGGAAGACGUUCGAAUGAGAGGCCGCAAGCGGAGCAUGAUUGGAUAG